GCAGCGGCCUUGCUGCGUGGUUGUGAGGAUUUUUCGGGUCCCUUGGUGGCUUGCUUGCCUUUUCCUCUUGCCCUCGUGCUCGGGCUGACUUGUCUUCUUGCAUUCUUCACGAUUGCAUUGCAUUUGAACCCGUACAUUGACAGCCUGUCGGUGUGCAGUCCAUCGAUCCCGAGUUCUCCCUUCGUCCGCUCCGCCCGGCGAUCCUGCGUGGUGCGGUGCUCUGAGUCGCGUCUAACACUGACGCCCUUCUGACUGCGUGCCUGGCAAGCGAAGCGCCCUCGCGCCCACGCACGCGCGCACGCCAGACAGGCCAUUGUUGCACUUGUUCGAACUAGUCGGUCCUUACCGUGGUGGAACCUGGUCGUCGAGCUCCUGCACUCCCUGGUCCUCUGUUUCAUCGACACCAGCGCAUCAACGGCCCAAGCUAAGAAGUCAUUCACUGGAAAUAACGUUUUUCCUUUUGGCAAUUCCAGCUUCACACCGAAUCCGACUCCCGGCCAAAAGCAAACGGGCAUCCGCCGAGCAGCGAGAAGGCUAAACGUGUGUGCUCAUGGCGGACGUCAACGGCGCGCCUGCCGCCGCUGCAAAUGGAGAGUUGGACCCCGCCGGAAUCACUCCCGCCGAUGCUGCUGCUGCGACCGCCAACGGCGAUACGAGCAAGGGGGAGGAAUCGCUAACCAACGGCGAUGGAAAUGCCGUGCAACAAGAGUCGCAACCUGCAGAGAGCCAACCUGCAGAUGUUGCGCCGCCCACGGAAAAUGGCAUGGCAGACCAAACAGCAUCGGAAACACCCGCUGCAGCAUCAAUAGAGCCCGACUCGCGGCCGGCGGUGCUUAUCAUCGGGGGCUUGGGCUAUAUCGGGCGAUAUCUGGCACAUUAUAUCCACACGAACAAGCUUGCUUCGACACUACGGCUGGUCGACAAGCAGCUCCCUCAGUUAGCAGCCCUCGCACCAGAGCACCAGGACGCAUGCUCCGAUGCCAACUUUCUCCAAGCAGAUGCAUCACGAGAACAAUCGCAGGAUCGUAUAUUCGACCUCCCUCCUGGACCCGAUGGCGCAAAGCGAGCAUUCGAUUAUGUCUUCAACUGCGGAGGAGAAACGCGAUUCUCGCAAGAGGAUGAAGUGUACAAGCUGAGAAGCUACCAGCUCAGUCUCACAGUGGGCAAAGAGGCCGCAAAAAGAGGUGUCAAGGCGUUUGUGGAAUGUAGCACUGGAACUGUGUACAACCCGAACAAAACCCCAGUGAAAGAGACGGACAAGACGACGAAACCGCACACGAAACAGGCCAAGUGGAAACUGCAAGCGGAGGAAGAGCUAGCGAAGAUCGACGGGCUGAAACUGGUCAUAUUAAGAUUCCCAAACGUGUAUGGGCCAUACGGAGGACGAGGCUGGUUGGGAACACAACUAGCUCUGGCACGGGUAUACCAGAGUCGAGAAAAAGAGACGAUGAAGUGGCUAUGGAAUGGCGACCUCCGAACAAACACGCUUCACGUUGAAGAUGCCGCCCGUGCAUGCUGGGUCGCGGCCGAAUGGCGUUCGAAGAACGAUUCAAUACCAGGCACUGCGGGCGACUCCCGCGGCGCGCUCGUUUUCAACGUCGUCGAUCAGGGACAGACGAAACAAGCGACCAUGGCUGCAAUCAUCAAGGACAUAUUUGGCAUCGAAACUGGCUUCCAGAAUGCCUUGGUCAACACUUUUGCGAGAUUAAAUCUGGAACAUGUGGUAGACGAUGUGAAUGACGAUACACUGGAUGACUGGGCAGAUCUGCAAGAGGCGGCGGGGAUCACCGACAAAGGCGGACCGUUGAGUCCCUUCAUGGAGAAGGAGAUUUUGAGAGAUGCCGAUUUGAGUAUUGACGGGUCGAGGUUUGAGACGGUUGUUGGCUUCAGACCACAGCAUGAACGAAUCACAAAAGAGGAAGUGGAAGCUGUGAUUGAGAGCUACAAGACCAUGGGCUGGUGGCCUUGAUCGAGCAGCAGCGGCCUGUCUGUCUGACCAGCGAUGGGCAGAAAGCAUGAGCUUCCAGCGAGUUAUUGUCUUGAUUUUCUGUGGAUUAGCGACAUGAAACGGCCGACUUGUGAUAUCCCCGAUAUAUAUACUACAUAGCUAUACAACUUCCAAAGCUAGUGUCCACG